AUGCAGUUUAGUAUUCGUUAUCUAUCAUCAUUAGUUCGAUCACGAAGACGUUUUUCAUUAAUAUUUUUUAUUAGUUUAUUCCUUUUGAUAAUAUUUAUUCUAUUUAAUAUUCAUAAUAAAAAUCAAUCGAUUGAUUUUCUACUAAAUCGAAAUCAAGAAUUAAUAUCAACAAAAAAUGAAAGUCUUAUACUAAAUACUCUAAUUACAAAAACUACUACUAUUAUUCAAAAAAAAGGAUUAUGGCCAGUCGAUAAAAAAGGUCGUUCAUUAAAAACAAAUUUUCUUGCUCUUGAUUUAACAGGAUUUUUUGGCACUGAUGUUACUGAAGGUGCACAUACUCAAUGUACAUCAUCAAAUACAACAUUUACUUGGACACGUCAAAAAGAUCGAAUUAAUGAAGUUGAUUUUGUUAUAUGUCAUGGUGCUCCUAAUGGGUUAGAUUCUUAUGUUCUUCGUUUACAAUUAAAUAAUGAACAACAACAAUAUACAAUGGGUUAUAUUAUAGAAAGUGAAGCACAUUCAUCAACCGGAGAUAAUUGGGCUAAAUAUAAUUUUAAAAUGACAUAUAAUCUUGAUGAUAGUUAUCCAGAACCAGCGACUUAUUUUGAUGCAAAUCUACAUAUAAUUGAUUUGCUUAAACCACCGUCUAUACCAUUUGAAGAAAAAGAAAAACAAGCAGAUAUUGUUUGGAUUAUUUCAAAUUGUAAUGCACAUAAUUCUCGAGAAGGUUUUGUUCAACGAUUAAUGCAAGAAAUAAAAAUUGAUUCCUAUGGAACAUGUUUAAAUAAUCGUAAAGGUUAUGCAGCUCGUAUGACUGAUAACAUACAUGCAUAUAAAAAAUAUAAAUUUGUUAUUGCUAUUGAAAAUUCUAAUUGUGUUGAUUACGUAACUGAAAAAUUAAUUAAAGCUGUCGAAUCUGGUUCUAUUCCUAUUGUUGCUGGUCGUGAUGGUCGACCAGAUUAUCGACGUUUUAUGCCUGAACAUGCAUAUAUAAAUAUAUAUGAUUAUAAAUCAAUAAAAGAUCUUGCAAAUGAUCUUAAACGUAUUGCAAAUAAUAAAACAUUAUAUGAAUCUUAUUUAUGGUAUAAAAAACAUAAUAAAAAUAUUUCACAAUUAAGUAAAGUUACACUUGAUGAAAAAAUAAAACAUUUUGUUGAUGUUAUUGGUUCAAAUGCAACUAUGAUUACACAUGGUAUUAUAGAAAAAGAAAAGAGUGAAGAUAAAAUUUGUAAACUUAUACGUUUUGUUCGUCAAACAUCAUGGCAAGAUAUUGCUGUACAUCAUGGAACACCAAGAAUUGGUCCUGAUAUUGCUUGUUUACCAAGAGGAAGUUUAUUAACUUAUUUUGAUUCAUUAUCUUCCAAUAGCAAUCAAACAAUGAAGUCUUGA